CUCUACUCUCCUCCUCAUCGCUCACUCACUCACUCUCUCACUCGCUCUCAACUCUCCCUCGUUAUCGACACAAGAAACGGCUGGCCGUUUACGCUCCCUCCUCACGACGUCGACACGCCGACAACCCCCACCCCCUCCCUCCCCUCCCUCACCCACCCGAUUCUUCACGACUUGUCCUCCUUUGCCUGCUCUUCGCUCUCCGCUCUCCGCUUUGAUUUCCACACCACACUAGCCCACCAUGGCCCACGGACCUCGCGGACGCUCCGGCCCACACCGUCGCCAGGUCGGCAUGAACCCGUCGGUGCUCAGCCAGAUUCAGGCGUCGCUGUCGGCCGCGAACCAGCCCCGACCCACUACGCCUGCCGCGGUUCCAACCACCAGGGCCCCAGCGCAGCAGAGCACGCCCGUCCAGACUAGCAGGCCGGCGCCAGCGCCGGCUGCUCCGACGACCUCCCAGCGGGCGCCUGUUGCAUCCUCUUCCUCGGCGCCCAGGGCUGCUACAACUUCUGCACCGCAACCUACGGGCAUGGUCGGCGCCCCGUUGCCUGCUCCCCCGCCCUCAUCAUCCUCUUCUGCGCGCGUAUCCUCUUCUAUCCGGUCAUCGGUUACCUCCUCGUCCGCUCGCUCCACGUCCUCGGCUGCUAGGUCAGGCGUACGGACAGUUACGCCGUCCCGCAACCCGGCAGCUGCGCCGACCACCGGUUCUUCCGAAGCUCAAUCGGCCUCGACGGGCCUCUCGGGAGGUGGCAUUGCUGGUAUUGUCAUCGGCCUCAUUGCCGGAAUCAUCAUCAUUGGUGGUGUAGCUGGCUGGCUGUACCGCAAGUACAAGGAGCGCAACUAUGACCAUCAUGCGAGCGCGUGGACCAAGAUGAAGGAGAACGACAACGGUCUCACGCCCUACCGCAAUGACCCUAAGAUCAACGCUUCCGACGAGGAGUUCUACAGCGGCAUGCCGCCCGCUGGUGGCAUGCCAUACAACCGCGAGCGCGAUCUCCAGCCGCCUCCUCAGCGCGGAUUCUACUCAGACAAUGGUAUGCGCCCAGACUCGUUGGCGGGGAUGGACAACAACUUGGCCGGCUACGGCGCUGGCGUCCGCAGUGGCCCCUACCCCGACCCGGCUCCCGUCGCCGUGGCCUACGACGCCAACGGCCGCCCCUACACACCGACGCAGCAGAAUGGACAGUGGGGCUAUGACCAUCACCACCAGCAGCAGCACAAUCCCUUCGAUGACGCCAACCGUAUGUCUCCUCCCGGCUCACUUCACUCGCCCACCUCGCCCGUGCACCAGCAGAACUUUGGCGGUCCCCGCCAGCUUGUCGGACCCGGUCAGACAUUCCCUGGUGUCGCUCCGGUUCCCCUUGGUCGUCCUCAGCCCCCUCAGUCUUACGAUGACAUUGCUGCCGCCGAAAUGUAUGCCGACGACCGUUACGCCGACGACCACAUGGCUGCUCCUCCUCACAUGGGUCAACUCAACCAGCAGCCUGGUAACUUCUCGCCUCAGUCGUUCGCCACGGCCGAGGCUCACCACUCUGGGUCCGGGAUGUACGACCAGCGCGCUAUCUCGCCCGUCUCGUUCAUGCCCGCGUCUGUCGUGUAUGCUCCUGCCCCUCCUCUUCCGACCAUGCAGCCCAUGAGCCCGCUUAUGGGCCCCGUUUCGCUCCACAACGACGACAUUCCUGCUCACCAGGUCCCUUCCCCAGCAGUCGCUGCUGCGAUGGCGCGAGCUCAGCCUUAUGAGGACGACUCGCAUCGCAUGUACGACGAGGUUGCACGUGCUGCCGGCGUCCCAAGCCCUACCGUUGCGCCACCUCUUUCACCGACGAUGCAGUUGCAGCAACAGGACCUUCUCAGCGCGGUCAAGCCCUACCAGCAUGGCGUCCCGCUCUCGCCUCUCACCGAGGUCCCCACGCCAAAGUCAUCGGUGACCCCGCUCAUGCCUGAGGGCCCCGUCCCGGCCGAGACGUCCGUCGCCCAGCGCGUCACGGUCCCCACCGCCUCGCCAUCCAUCGUUGCGGCCGCGGCUGCGCCUCGCCCUCUCCCCGCCAUCCCCCAGCAGCAGAAGCCUUCCUCUCCUCCCCUAACUGCCACCCCGGCCCCAGCUCCGAGCAGCGCUCCUGACCAGGGGCGUGGCCGGUCAGACAGCAUGGACGACGCUUACGGUGGCAUUUAGUGUUUGUACGAGUCUAGUACGCGCGUCGCGCUGGCGCGUACGUGUUUUUUAGGAUUGUUGAACUUGUGUCGAUGCAUCGGCAUAAUGCGCUAGUCCAAAGGAGAAUAGCACGCAGCAGGUCAAAUGAUGUAUUGGAG